AUGGCACUUCCGUCCAAAGAUCACUCACUCCUGAGGAGAUUUCCGUAUGCCACGAGGAGUGCUCAAUAUGAUAUGAGGUACGGACCCAAGAACAAGCAGCACAGACCUAGCUCCGUUGACAUCUUCUACCAGAUCAUCGAAACGCCAGUCAAGACCACUUGCAACCACAUCUUCUGCCUCGAGUGCUUGAAGACUUGGCUCGACUCAGCAAAUACAUGCCCAUAUUGCUGUAUGACGCUGUAUGGGCCACCAGCAGAAAAGGCAUCCGUAAACGCACUCGAGUUCGAGAGACUGCGCGUCGUCGACAUCAUUAUCCGACGCCGUGAACUUGGCGACAUCGCGUUCCAAGCAGACAUGGCUUCCCUCAUGGCUUCGGCGAAUCGGUACACCAUCCUCGCGCUCAGAGACUUCGUGCAGGAUACCGUGAGGAAUCUUGAGAGAGUUCUGCGAGAAGAAGGCCUAGGUGAGACCACAGUGGAGGAUCCUUUUGGAAGUGGCAGUGUGGGCGAGUUCUUGUCGGACAUGGAUGAGCUCCUCUUGGAAAUGGACGACGAGAUAGCGAGCACAGACAUGGGAGAGUAG